CGCCUUCAUAGAGCAACCAAGGUCUCAUCUCAUCAGCACACAACAUCCGAACAGCGCCAUUGAUUCUUCAGGACCUGAACACUCUCCGGGAGUCAAGAUGCCUCCGACUUAUACGACACCGUCGGGCGAGUUACACCUUUCAGAGAAGGCAUUCAAUCGUCUUUGCGAAAGAUGCGACGGCAUUUUCGAGAGUACCGCGUUUGCACAUAAACGUGCCAGGAGGGCCCGUACCGAUUAUCUCACAGAUGAUGUGCCCUUUGGCACCUUGAAAGAAUUAUUGAACUCGGCGUCGAAGGGUGCCUGCCAUUUUUGUUGUUCUUUGGCUGCUCGAGUUCUAGUGUCAGAAAGCGCCCACCUUCUCACAAGCCGAGAGAUGAAGCCCGAUAAGCAAGUUCACCCAUCUCUACAACCUGUCGUGUCGCAAGGGGUGUUUUCAGGGAUGGAAAUAGAACCCGCCAUCGACACAUUAACUGCCGGGGGCGAUAAAACUUUGUGGCUUUCUUGGACUAUUUGGCCCAGCGAAUACAUGACUGCCGGUGAGGAGGCUGUUGAUUUACGUCUCAAUAUUGUGGGUGAAGAUGGUAAGCCCAUCCCGCUUACCAGCUGGAAACAACAUCAAUUGCUUCUCCCUCAGGAAGAGGAUGUUUAUCCAUGUCGGGUUGAUGGUUUCCCAAACAGUCUUUACACGGGGAGCGAAGCAAGCUUGAAUCAAGCGCUCCAGUGGGUUGAGAACUGUGUGUCCAACCAUCCAUCAUGCAAUAAGGCUGUCCAUGAGAACUUACAGCGGAGACACCCCGCCCGAUUUCUUGAUGUAGGAUGUACGGGCAGCUGUACGGUUAAGCUGACCGAAACUACCGGAAUGGACUUUCAGAAGCAAAGAUACAUGACACUAAGUCAUUGCUGGGGCGACUCAGUACCGGCUCGUCUUCUAGUGGACAACUAUGACUCCCGAUUGAAGGGGUUUGCGCUCGAUGAGUUACCAAAGACAUUUCAGGAGGCAAUUCGGCUAACUCAGAGGCUGGACGUACAAUUCUUGUGGAUUGAUUGCCUGUGUAUCAUUCAGGACUCACUUGACGAUUGGGAAGCAGAAUCCGCCAAGAUGCGUUCUGUUUACCAAAACACGUACCUCAAUCUAGCCGCCGGUGCGUCGCCACACUCCAGCGGGGGCUUUUUUUUCCCAAGGCACCCUCUAUCAUUCGUGCCCUGGUCCAUAAGGCUAGCUACGCACAGCACCUUAGUACAAAGCUAUGAUAUUAACGAUACUCCUAUUCUAUAUACAAGAGGCUGGGUUCUCCAGGAGCAAAUCUUGCCGCGCCGUACCCUUAUCUCUGGGCGACAGGAGCUUUACUGGGAAUGCUCCAUGGUGAGGGCAAGCGAAUGCUUUCCAGAUUCAGUCCCCCAGGAUCUUUCAAAGAGCGGGGUGUUUACUCCUCCUCCGAUGAAGUUGUUUCAAUGUGAGCGACUUCUUGACGCCAAACGACUGGAGGCCUGGGCAUGUUUGGCCAGUGACUACUCCGGUAGGAAACUUACCAAGCAGUCAGACAAACUUGUGGCCAUUUCGGGUCUCGCAGAGCAUUUGAGCAAUGAAUGGGAUGGCGUUACCUACCUUGCCGGCCUAUGGUCAUACCGUCUUCGAGAGAACCUUUUGUGGAAAUGCCUGGAUGUUGGACAGAGCAAAGGACGAAAUGAUGAUAUAGCCCCUUCCUGGUCUUGGGCAUCAUUGAGCGCUAAAUGUGAAUUACCUUCACCAAGGACCUACCAGAGGAUGGACAUCCUUGCUGAAGUCUUAGAGGCUAUGGUCUCUCCAGUCACGCCAACACACUUAUUCGGCCAAAUACAGAAGGGCGGAAUGGUCAGGAUUAGAGGCCCAUUGUUACGAGCUAGUUGUACCGCGAGAAGCACGACUUUGCAACCAGAGUGGAGAUACGAUCUGAGUGAGGAAAGGGAUGGUAUGUGGACUUCACUACCAGAUCUGAAACUAUCGUGGGAUGAACAAGAAUCCCACGGCUCAGCGAUCAUUUACCUUGCGCCCCUCCAAGUUAAUUUCCUAGGUUCCCUCCAUUUCCACCUUGAGGGACUAUUCUUAAGACCCGCGUUGACAUCUCCGGCACGGAAAGGAACAUUCGAAAGACUGGGAGUGUUCGAAAUGGUCCAAGAGAUUUGUUAUCUCCCAAACCAGUACCUCUCUGGUCCAUUUCUCGAUAGCACCCUGUACAAGGCAUUGAUGUUCGACAGCCCCGGUCGACAUUUUCAUCCACUGACUGGUGUUUCCGAGGAAGAGAGGAUGAACUUACUGAAAUCUGAUCCGUAUCUGAACGGCCCACUGAAUACAACCAAGCUGAAACACCGUUACUCUCCUGAGCUUGAGCCUGAGCAGUACCCCAACCUUGCAAAGUUCCUCGACUGCUUGGAAAUAGCAGCACAAUACAAUCGGGAGAGCGACAGCCCGGACGAGAACUUGGGACAGGAUGAAGGCAAUGGGUUCUACAUAUACGAGAUAGUGUAAGGCUACCUCUAACUAGACUGACAUCCAGUUGGAGUGGAGGAGAGAGAGAAAGGAUGAAGUCUGUUACGGGGCAACCAGACCGGGCAGGCCGCACAGAAAUGAGAGGAAACGUCACUCUGCCUUCUCCCUAUUUCCGCUCCUUCCAACUUCAUGGAUUUCUGUCCUCCUGGUACCUGUACUGUUGCCUUC